AUGCAUUGCCAACGACCUACCAGCCGCCUGUUCUUGGGGACAGCUCUGUUGGGUGGUGCAUGCCUCCUUACCCUGCUGUCUCUAUACGGCUAUCGAUACGGGGGUGCAUGGCCCUUUCUAGACGAGCUGAGCGUCCCGCGAAAGGUGUUUUCAGCUCUGCCAAGAACGUUUCUUCCCGAUUACAAGAACCCGUGUUGGUAUGAGGAGGUGAAUAAAAAAGACGUGAACCCGCUAGAACGGUGGCAGAAAAGAGUCUUACACAACGGGACAAGACAUUUUCUGUUUAGAUGUUUGCCGUACUUCUACAUCAUUGGUAUGCCCAAGUGUGGAACGACCGAUCUUUACUACCGCAUCUGUAAACAUCCGGAUGUUUUUCGUGGCAAGAAAGAACCCCACUGGUGGGCUAAAACACGAAAUCAGCGUUUAGCGCGAUAUCUCAAAUACUUCGAAGAAGCGGCUUGGGCCAUCAGAACCCGGACAACAAAAAGCUUAACAUCUGCAGGACAAGAAAUCAAUUAUCAUGGCGCCAUCACAGGAGACGGCAGCCCCUCCACAAUAUGGGGCAACGGUAACUGGAGAGUUCAUCAGUGGGACACUCCUAACAACGAACCACCUAUUCUACUGGCCAACCUGCUCCAUGCCGUGCAGCCUCACGCCAAGUUUAUCCUCACACUUAGAAACCCAACAGACAGAUUAUAUUCGGAAUAUCUCUUCUUUUCUGGCGGCUUUCGUUCCAACAAGUCCGCGACGGAUUUUCACGAGAGGGUCAACUUUGCUAUUGGCAUCUUUACCAACUGUCUCAAGAACAAUUCUGUCCGAUCGUGCGCUUACGAACCAAAUCUGCCCGCAACAAGGACAGUUAGACUACGGCUGGGGCUGUACGAGGUCUACCUGCGUGACUGGUUGUCUAUUUUUGCUCGGGACCAAAUUCUUGUGCAACGUCUUGAGGAUUACUCUAAGGAUCUUCGCUCUACCAUAACAGAAGUUUUUAAGUUCUUAGAUCUUGGCCCUAUUAAGAAAAAAGCUGACCAAGGCGCUAUCUACACCUCAAAUGCGAAGCGUUCGCAGACGUGGCGUUAUGGCAACAUAGGCCAGAUGUUGCCAAAGACGCGGAAGAUCUUAAACAAGUUUUACGAACCAUAUAACCAGCGACUUGCUGUGCUCUUGAACGAUACUGACUUUCUCUGGCAAUAGCU